UUUGUGUCUGUCCGUCCGUCUUUGUGUCUGUCUGUCCGUCUGUCUUUGUGUCUGUCUGUCUUUGGGUCUGUCUGUCUGUCCGUCCGUCCGUCCAUCUUUGUGUCUGUCCGCCUGUCUGUCUGUCCGUCCGUCCGUCCGUCUGUCUGUUCGUUUGUCCGUCUGUCUGUCUGUCCGUCCAUCUUUGUGUCUGUCUGUCUCUGUGUGUGUGUGUGUGUGUGUGUGUGUGUCUUUGUUUCUGUCUGUGUGUGUGUGUGUGUGUGUGUGUGUCUUUGUUUCUGUGUGUGUGUGUGUGUGUGUUUGUCUGUCUGUCUGAUGGCUUUUUUGUGAUGUCACAGCAGUAGACUGAUGUCCUCAGAUGUUCACUCUCAGGUGUGUGUGUCUGUGUGUGAAGGGUAAACCCUACGGUAUGGGGACAAAAUGUCCCCACAAAGAUGGCAAUAUCCAAAACCCUUGUCCUUGUGGGGACAUUUUUUUGUCCCCAUGAGGAAACAAGCUUAUAAAUCAUACAGAAUGAACUUUUGUGAAAAUGUAAAAGAGCAGACAGUUGUGUGUGAUUGUUAGGGUUAGGGGGAGGGAAUAUGAGAUACAGUUUGUACAGUAUAAAAACCAUUGUGUCUAUGGAAUGUCCCCAUAAAACAUGGAAACCCAACAUGUGUGUGUGUGUGUGUGUGUGUGUGUUUUCUGCAGUACGAGGUGCCGCUUCUUGUUUGAGUUGUAAAACAUUUUCAUGUCAUGUCUUCUGUAUGUAUGAAUGAUGUAUGUCACGUGUGUGAGCUGUAGCUGUGUUUGACUUCUCUGCUGUAUUGAAAUGAAGGAGCAUCAUGAACACACAUACGAUGAGGGUUCUCUCACCUCCAUCACAUCACAUCACAUCACAGGCCGGUAAUCCCCUGGACGGCAGCCCGAACCCUCACUUCCUCAUCAGUGCUCUUCUGUCCUCUGAUUGGUUCUUCUCUAGCCUAUCAGCCGUCAGCAUUGCUCUAAUGCUCGUAGGUGUUCUAGAACUUUACGCACCCAACCACCACGACCACAGAGGAAGUUUGAAACAGGAAGUCACUUUCACUAGUCCAUUUUUUUAUUCUGUAGAGAAAUGCGUCUGCUUUCGUUUACACUUGGAUUGAGAUAUGAACGCGGCUCUGAUUUCUCCUGCUUCUCUCCCGGCGAUCUCAGAAGCCAUGUCGUUGUUUGUUUUUCAUGAGUGAACGAGUUGUAGAGCUUCACAGGUGGAUGUAUCUGCGUGGUUUGCCAGUGGUUCCUCGUGGCAUGACGACCACUAACAAAGGAAACAAAGCCUUGAAGGUGAAGAGGGAGCCGGGGGAAAAUGGGACGAGCCUCACGGACGACGAGCUGGUGUCCAUGUCCGUCCGCGAGCUCAACCAACACCUGCGUGGUCUGUCCAAAGAAGAGAUUCUGCAGCUGAAGCAGCGCAGGCGGACGCUGAAGAACCGGGGCUACGCCGCCAGCUGCCGUGUCAAACGCGUCACCCAGAAGGAGGAGCUGGAGCGGCAGAAGGCGGAGCUACAGCAGGAAGUGGAAAAGCUGGCCUCGGAGAACGCCAGCAUGAAGGUGGAGCUGGACACGCUGCGAUCCAAAUACGAGGCUCUGCAGAGCUUCGCCAGAACUGUGGCCCGAGGGCCCGUGGCCCCCAUAUCCAACGCAGCCGUACCCGUGUCUCCACGCGGCCCCCUGGCCUCCGUCAUUGGGCCGCUCAUUCCCGGAAAGGUGGGAGCCACGAGCGUCAUCACGAUAGUCAAGUCGAAGACUGAUGCCAGGUCUUAGUAUCGCAGACGGGCGAGAGGAUUGGUCAGUGCAUGAUGCUUUAGGUGAAGGACCUUUCGAUUCCUUCCGCCAGAAUAUACUCUCUCUCUCGUGUGGUUUACGAACGGAGGAAAACGCACGUAGGACGGUUCAUUCACUUGGGCUUCCAAAACACCAUCUCCAAAUUAUCUCCAAAAAAAGAAAACGACGACGAACAUGCAGCCUACGUUCUCAUCGUUUUGUACAAAUAUCGGCUACUUUUGUAUUGGGUCCAAGAGUCUGUGUUUAUGUUCUUGUCAUUUUUAUACGGUGCAUUUGAUGUAUCGACACGUUUCCGUCCUUUUGUUUACGGACCGCAGGCACAAAACACUUUACGCUGGUCAGGCUUCUUCCAGAGGGAGAAAUCGAUGUAUGAGAGUAUCGUUUAAUAACGAGGGGAACGCCCUUUACCUGAGCUUCAUUAAUGCACUGACCAAUCAGCGAUGGGCAGGAGGAGAGGAGGCGGAGUCGUUCAUAUGGUAGCUAUCAGGAUCUGCCAGCAGUUCAUUUGCAGAAAAUCUUCUUUGAGACUUUUAUUGGCGAGGCAAUAACAUGUUUGUGUUGAACUACAGCUUGUGUUUGAUUUGUGGAACCUGUGAAUCUGUCUUCUGUUGUCAUUUGAGGAGUUGUUUACAUCGCGGGUUCCACGUGUGUGAUCUUCACAGUGAAGGUAUUAAUAUCCCGUAAUACCGUUUCUUUUUUUCAUUGUCGAUUCAAAACAAGGACAAAAGAAAAAACGACGACAUCAACAGCAGACUUUUGCGUCUGUCGGGUGAUGUCCAUCCCACAAGCUUUACCAUGAAUUUGUUGCCGUGACAUAUUCGUAACGUAUUCUGAAAAUCUUUGUCUAUAUGGUGGAGUCUUGAAUUUUAUAAACGCAAAAAAAAAAAAGAAAAGAAACAAAAAAACAACAACCACAGAGUAUCUUGCAGUAUUUAUAAAAUGUUUAAAAAAGAAAUCUAAAGUUGUUUGAUAGCUCUCUUUUUUGCAAUUGUACCAAAAGUGGCUUAACUAUUGAAGUCAAUAGCUUUUCUAGUGACUCUAGGCGCGUGAAACUGUGGACUAGCGCGUGUGGUGUGAUUUGUACCGGUGAGGUGGCGCUGUUGUUUAUCACGUGGAUGUGAUGCUUUUAUCCAGCGGACUCAAACGCAGACGAUGAGCUCGGUUUACCCAGAAUCCCCGCGGCGUGAGACUGCACAUACACACGCAUGACAUCUGCUUGACUUCUCAGGAAAGUGAAACUGCCGCAGGGCUUUCUGGGAAGGACUGCGUCCUCAUCCCUUGCGUUUGACCCGUUUCAUGUGAAGUGUGACUUUCUUUUCUUGUUUCUUUUUAAAUAAAUAUAUAUAUAUAUAUAUAUAAAUAUAUAUAUUUUGGUGUACACUGUUUUUAUGCUACGGUUAUAUUUGUUGUUGUUUUUCUUUGGUUUUUGCUUUGAACGCCAGGGAAGCGAGUCGUGUCUCUUGUAUCGGCACUGAUUUAAACCGUGAAAACAGUGACGCGUCUCUGAUGUUUGACUGCUGUGAAAAUCACUCGAUUCUUCUUUAAAACAAAGUGUUUCGCUAUUGAUGCGUUUUCGCCACAUCUGCACUAUUAUUACACAGAGUUUCAUGUGUGAACGAACGACUCUGAAACGAUUCAUUGUAAGAAUGAAUCGCUACGUGAAUUGUUCGGUAAUAUGAAAGCAGUAUAGAUGUAAAGAAACGCAACAGGACGACAUGUGUACUGGAAUAAUGAUGUCUUCAGCGGCACAAGAUUCUUUAGCCUUUUAAUCUUGUGAUCAGAUUCGUGUAUUAUUCUGGAUGUAGAUGGGCGGCGGCGGCUUCCUCUGACUGGCUCAUCUGUGAAAUGGUUUCGUCAUGUUCUUUAGUCCGUCUCGGCGUCGCUUUCGUAACAAUGGUAACGUUCUCCUAUCAGCCGUGGCGUGUCCAGCAUUUAUAGUCGAUAUAUCGAAAGGAUUCGAAGAAAAAAUAUUCUAGCUUACUUGCAAACGAUGAUAAUGUGAUUUUUGUUGUAUGUCUGGUAGCAGUACUGGCCGAUAAAGACUUUCUUGAAUCUUCCACGUGUGGGGGGAGCGACUCCUCAUGUGAUCGUAAUGUUUGUCGUGGUGUUAAAAGUGAACCUAUGAAGUAUAUGCAAAUCAGCCGCUGGUAGAGAGAAGGUCCAUAGGAAUAGAGUUCUCUGUUGUCUGUGAAUAAUGGCUUGUGAGGAUGUGACGAACACUCACGCUCACAUUUCUGCAGAAAUUGAGAAUUUACCCAACAAGGGCUUCACAACCUGAACUUGGCAUCAGUGGUUUCAUUUCAACGAGUCGUUGUGUUUUUUCUUUCUUUCUGAAACAGUGCCAUGUCCCAGGAGGCGAAGGAAAAUAGUACUCUGUGGUAAAAUAAGACAAUCCUGAGUUUAGCCAACAGCCUCGGCUAGCGGUCUUAUUAAAACCUGACAAAUAUACAUCCUGCUUACACUAAAGGCACCGUUCGUUUCAAGAAUGAGAAUUCUGUCAUCAUUUAUUCACUCUCAUGCCACGUCACACCUGUACCUGUGUAGUCUGCAGAACACAAAAGAAGAUAUUUUGAAGAACAACACCGAACCUCAUUGACUUCCAUUGUAUGAACACAAAAACAUCGAGACAUAUCUGUUUCACUGUAGAAAUACUCGCAUACAGAUUUACAACCACAGGAGAGAGAAUAAAUGAUGACAGAAGUUUGAUUUAAAGGGACAGUUCACCCAUCAAUGAACAUCCGGUCAUUAUUUACUGUAUAAAUGUCUUUGUUCUGAUGAACACAAAGAAAGAUAUUUGGAAGAAUGUUAGUAAUUUCAGUUCUGGGACAAAAAAUAUGUUGAACACAUAAUGAGAUAUUUUGAAGAAUUUAGGAAAGCAAACAGUUCUGGAGCUCCUUUGAUUACCAUUUACAUUUUUCCUACUGUGAUAGUCGAUGAUGUCCCGGAACUGAAAAUGACUGACAUUCUUCCAAAUAUCUUUCUCUGUGUUCAGCAGCAAAAAAGGUUUGGAACAACUCGAGGGUGCGUAAAUGGUGACAGAAUUGUCAUUUUUGGGUGCACUGUCCCUUUAAGAUUGAUUCUGCGAUUGACAGACAUGAUUGACAGGCCUCAGUUCUGCGAUCAAUCUCUUCAUAAGCAGAUGGAUGGAGAGCGAGCGGUCGACCUGCUGUCCGCUAUCUUUGAAACUCUGUCCCAGUUUUGCUCAGACGUCCUCUGGAUGGUGCCGUGUUUUCUCCUCUGAGCCUCAUGGGACUCCCGUAUUAACAUGUUUUAUUUAAUCUCUGCAUCACUUUAGAUUUACUACUGAAGGGGUCAGUAAACGUCACGCGUCCUCUAUCGUUGUGCUGAUGACACUUGUUGGUGUUUAUCGCAACCUGAAAUUUGUGUUAUACGGUUGAAAUAAAUGAUUUGAUCUAUACGACAUGUUUGGUCUGUAUGCUGCACUUGACAAAUGUAGAUUUCAGCUUCUUAAUGUUCUGUUCUUGUUGUUUAGAGUUGCCCCCCUCCCCGUUUUCUUCUUUGUUUUUGAACGUCACAGGAGUAUAUUGGUGACUCUAUAAGCUGUUUAUCACUGUACCGACAUCUGUACGGUCAGAAAUGUCGAGCUAUACGUUGCUGUGAGUUUAUUAUGAUGGAUUUUUUUUGUCUGAAAAGAAAUAAUAAAACAGUUCUGUUGUUUUUCUCGAUGGGGUGUAUUAAAUUAAGAUAUCCUAGUUCUUUGUAUGGGAAAUAUAGAUAGCGUGAAAGUCCAUUUAAUUGUAAGUAUUUAUCAACUAAGUUAUUGUACCUUUGCAAUUUGUAGAUAAGUAAUAUAAUGUAUUGGUAUAUACUGAUGAAGUUAACUGUAUCAGUCAGUCCGGGGCGUUCUUUAAUUUAUUGAUGUAUAUACUGUAUGUUUGUUGAUAUACAGCUUACUUUAUUUUGUAUAUGACUAAUAAAAUACAUUUUGAAAAACA